AUGUCCGCGGCACGAACUCUCCGGCUAGUCCUGCUGGCAGCGCUGCUACUGGUGCCUCGUGCUGGCUCGGCGGGGCUGGCCAACUGUCCGCUCGGAUGUCAGUGCGACGACGAUACGCUCGUCGUGACGUGCGGCGAGGGCCAACUGGACGUGCUCCCGAUCGUGCUGAACCCGUCCCUGGAGCGGCUAGUCAUUAAGAAUAACAAAAUCAAAACCAUCGACUCGUCGAUGGUGUUCUACGCCGAGCUGACGUUCCUGGACCUCAGCUACAACCACCUGUUCAACAUGCCGCCGCGCACCUUCGCCUACCAGAAGAAGCUGACCGAGCUGCACCUGAACCACAACAAGGUCGGCGCCGUGACGAACAAGACGUUCGUCGGGCUCAUCUCGCUGACGGUGCUCAAUCUGCGCGGCAACUUCAUCGACGAGCUGCCGGAGGGAGUGUUCGCCGGUGUCCCCAAGCUACAGGAGCUCAACCUGGGCCAGAACCGGAUCGCCAAGAUCGACCCGAAAGCGUUCGCCGGGUUGGCCAACCUGCGGGUGCUCUAUCUGGACGAUAACACCAUCAGCACGGUGCCCUCGCCGGCGUUCGUACCCCUGCGAACCCUGGCCGAGCUCUACCUCGGCCUCAACUCGUUCACGACCAUCCCCCGGGAAGCGUUCGCGGCGUUGCCAGGACUCUCCCGGCUCGACCUGAAGGGUGCGGCCCUGCUGAACGUGACCCGUGAUAGUUUCCGGGGUCUGGAGCAGCUGCGAACGCUCGACCUAUCGGACAAUCGGUUGGCACGUAUCCCGACCGGAGAGCUGGCUUCGCUCGAACGGCUCGAGGAGUUGUCCCUUGGGCAGAACGACUUCGAGAGCGUUCCGGCGGGCGCCUUCGCCGGAUUGGGCCAACUCCGGCGGCUCGACAUAUCCGGCUCGCUGAAGCUGCACCGCAUCGACGGUGGUGCGUUCGCGGCCAACACCAACCUGGAGGAGAUCACGCUCGCUUCGAACAAGGCGCUGUCGGAGAUCCAGGAGGGUGCGCUCAGUGGGUUGCCCCACCUGAGGCGUAUCGUGCUGCGGGACAACGCGCUGACCACGCUGACCGACGGGCUGUUCACGUGGAACGAGCUGAUCGAGCUGGAUCUGUCGGAGAACCCGCUCCGGUGCGACUGUCAGAUGCUGUGGCUCCGGAACCUUCUGGUCAGCCGGGCGGGGAAUGCGACCGGGAUCCAGGAUGGCCAGCAGCCCGUGGUCCAGUUGCCGGUGGUCUGUGCGGCUCCGGAUCGAUUGCGGGAACAGGCACUCCAGAGCCUUUCACCGGAGCUCCUGGGCUGCUCUCACUCGGAUCGCCAACAGCAGGCCAUCAUCUGCGCGGUGCUGGUUGGGGUGGCCGCACUCCUCACGACACUGGCCCUCGUCAUCUACAAGUGCCGCCGGUGGAUCCAGAAGAUGGUCAAGGGUAGCUGGGGUGGCAACGGGAUUGGGCGGAAGGAGCGCGAGUACCAGAAGACGUUCUCCGAGGAGGACUACUCGGCGCGCCAUCCUCACCCGUGUCCGGGGGCCGGGGUCGGUGGUGGUGGUGGUGGUGGUGGGCCACCCGGUGGGGGGCUGGCCAUUCACCCGACGACGCUGAACAACUAUCAGAUCAACAACCAUCAUCAUCAUCAUCAUUCGCACGGCAUCCGGCACAUACCGGUGACGGAGCUAUAG